CCGCAAACAGAGACGUUAUUGAAGAAGCCUGCAAGUGCAUUUUCGCUCUUCCUUAUCACGCUCGACAGCUCGCUCACUUUAUUGUUCUUGUGACACAUCUCAAAGCGAUUAGCAUAUGAAAGGUUACCGAUGUAUUGAAUUGGACUGAGCUCUGCACAAACCCACUAGUAUUGUCUCUGGUGAUCGCAGGCUUACACGAAUGGCGACGUCCGUUGCUGCAGUGAAGGCGGAUAAACCCGCCGAAAAUCAGGGAAAACCUGGCGUUGAGGCGACCGUUCCCUCUCCAAAUGAACAGAAGCCGGCAGCGAAGAAAACAGAGCUUGCAAUUUUGAACUUUGUGAUAAAAUAUUUGAAGUUAGUCGGAGGUGCUUUGCUGAUUUGGUUUAUGGGCUGGUUUGGGUUGAGUUACGUCUGGAUCAUCUGCGGCUUUUUCGUAUAUGUUUUAUGGCGCAUGAAUCAGGACGAAAGAAAGACUAGGAGACAGGCGUUCAGAGAAGCUGUAGAAAAGGAGCAAGAAGUAGUCGAGGCGCGAAUAGAAGAUCUGCCAUCUUGGGUUUUCUUUCCUGAUGUGGAAAGAGCAGAAUGGCUCAACAAGAUGCUGGUUCAACUGUGGCCUUAUAUCAAUGACAUGGUGAUAAAGAUCUUAAAGGAACAAGUGGAACCAGAGAUUCAGAAAAAUGUGCCUGGAUUUUUGAGCUCCAUUCAUUUCAAAGAAAUCUCCCUGGGUGAAGUGCCUCCCCGUAUUGGUGGAAUCAAGACAUACACUCAUAAUGUGGACCGUAACGAGAUAAUCAUGGAUAUUGAUUUAAUUUAUGCUGGAGACUCAGACUUUGAGUUAUCUGUCAAGGGUAUCAGUGUUGGCAUUGAAGAUCUCCAGCUUCGUGGAAGUCUGCGUGUGAUCCUGCGUCCUCUUAUUCCUGCCGCUCCUCUUGUGGGAGGAGUGUCAGUCUUCUUCCUCAACAGACCGGACAUUGACUUUGACUUCACAAACUUGGCAAACAUUCUGGAUAUUCCUGGUCUGAGUGACAUCAUCCGUGGAGUAAUAGAUGAUGUUGUGGCAGGAUUCGUGGUUCUCCCAAACAGGAUCACAGUGCCUUUGACUGACAUUGAUCCAUAUGAACUGAAAUACCCCAUGCCUGAUGGUCUUCUUCGCAUUGAAGUCUUGGAAGCCAAAGAUUUAAUCAAGAAAGAUAUUGGUAUCAUAUCAAAAGGCUCUUCAGAUCCAUAUGUCAUUCUCAGAGUGGGAGCUAAGACAUUCCGCACAAAGACAAAGGACAGCACAGUGAAUCCCAUAUGGAAUGAAGUGUUUGAGGCAUUUGUUGAUAACUCUCAAGGUCAGAAGAUAAAGAUUGGUGUCUUCGAUGAGGACAAAGCAUCUGAUGAUGAAUCUCUUGGCAUUGUUGAGGCUGACAUUGGUACCAUUGUCCAACAAGGCAAUGUUGAUUUGUGGCUUCCAUUAGAGAAUGUGAAGAGUGGCCAGAUCAACUUGAGAUGCACAUGGUUUACACUGACUGACAAACCAGAAGACCUCUCACCACCUGACCAAGCUGUUAUUGGCGAAGAGAUGUUAGCUACAGCAGCUUUAUUUGUGAAACUGGACUCAGCCAAGAAUCUUCCAGUAACAAAUGCUGCCCGUGGCACCACAAGUGCAUUCUGCAAACUUACUGUUGGAAACAUCACUUUCCAGAGCAAGACCAUUCAAGACUCUAUCAGUCCAGUGUGGGAAGAACCAUUCCGCUUCAUGAUCCAUGAUCCUAGCUAUCAGGAAUUGGAUAUUGAGAUUAUUGACAGCAACAAGGAGAAGAGUAUUGGUAAACUGGAGUUCCCCUUGGCUCAGUUGCUGAAGAGUGAGGACAUGACAUUUGAACAACCCUUCCCACUGAAGGAUUCAGGCCACAACAGUACUUUGACUUGCCGUUUUACACUGAAGGCAUUGUUUACAAGAGAUGACGACACAUCAGAUGAAGAAGAAGACACUGACUCACCAGAUGUCAUUGCUGCUGAUGAACUGUCAGGUGGUGCAAGCAAGCAAAGCGAGGAAAGCACUGUGAGACGAAGGAAGCCUGUACCGAAGGUUCAAAGGACAGUUUCUGGCGAUGUUCGCCUCACCACACGCUAUAACAAACAAGGAAGCAAGUUUGAGGUCAUUGUUCACCAAGCAAGGAAGUUGCUGGCUUGUGACUCGGAUGGUCUUUCUGACCCAUAUAUCCGUGCCUACCUGCUUCCUGACAAGUCUCGUAGUGGCCGCAGACGAACUGAUGUCAAGAAAAAUACUCUUGAGCCAGAAUUUGAUGAAACGUUUGAAUGGAGUGUUCCUGAAGAUAAGGUGAAGGAACGCACUUUGGAUAUUACUGUCAAGAAUGAUGUGUCUUUCUUCUCAAAGAGCAAGACUUCUAUGGGCCAGGUCCUGCUUGACCUUGGUAAACUGGAUUUGUCUCAGCCUGUUACUGAGUGGUACAUGCUGCGUGAUGAGAAGAAGGAAGAUGAUGACUGAGAAAUUAUCCAAGAAAUGUCACUAGUAAUCAACUUAAUACCAGAGCACUGAAAUGGAACAGUAGUACAAUAGAGGGGAAAAGUUAAAAGUAAAAUGGGUUUGAAAAUGAAUUGGGAAGAAACAGUCUGUUGAAAAGCAAUUCUGUUAGAACUUGUAUUUCAGGAAGUGCCAUUGUCUUAGCUCUAGCCCCCAUCUACCAUGUUUACCUUCCAAUCUAGCUGUACAAUCACUUAUUUUGAAAAACCUGCUAGCAUGAUUUUCAUUUCAAUCCCCCUUGCAAAGUUUCAUCUAGCCUCAAAAGUGUAGGACAAUAUUUGGUUGCCAAUGCUUUUUCUUUGGGUACAUAUUGCAAGGGCAUUCAUUUCAUCAGAAGCUAGGGUUUUUUAGACUGGAGUAUUAACUAAGUAAUACAGUUCACUUAAACCAUGAAUCUGUGGCACUCAAUCCAAUCAAAAGGAAAAAUAUUUUUAAAAGAUGCAUCUCAUAAUUUAUAACAAUAGCUUAAAGUAGUAAGGUAAUUUUCAACUUCUCAUUAACAGCUUUGUCAAAAAUGUACUUAAUUUAUAGAUGGGUACCUGUAUUUAAAUGUCCACAUUAAACUGUCUUAUGCUAUCAAAUGGAGAGGACUGUUGACAGCUGUAUCUGUACGUUGGUUAGUCUUUGUUCUUUUAUUUAUAAAGGAAACAAUCCAUUAUAAUAAGAGUUUUAUCUAUCACUAAACUGAGGUUUUGUUACUAGUGGGAUCAUGUUAGACACCUGAAAAACUUUCUUUGCCAUAUGUAUUGUAUCAUUUUCUUAGUGUUGUGUGCUAGAUUCCUUUAAUAUUUGUAAGAGGACAAAAUUGUGAGAAUUGCUUACAGGGAUGAUAAUGAUUGAAUAAAAUGUAUGUGUGGAAA